AUGAUGUGUUUCAGAGGAGACAAGAUUGUUAAUUUCUUAGAAUUUCUAUUUCUGGGUUGUGAACAAAUGGAUGGAGAGAAGAGAGAGAGAGUUGGUGGUGCUGGUGGUGGUACAGAGAAGACAAAGACAGUGGUUGAUGUUGAUGAAGCUUUGAGGAAGUGCUUGGAGGAAAACAAAGGGGACACUACUAAAUGCAGAUCAGUGGUUGAAGCUUUCAAGUCUUCUACUCCUCCAAGGAAGCCAAUAAGACCUUUAAGGCUUAGGAGUGGUUCAUUGACUGAUGUGUGA